AUGACCGAACGACAAACCCGCAUCCUCCCCGUCCAACGCCUCAACAAACCCCUCGCACACAACAAGACCGUCGCUCAAUGGUGGGCCGAAGAGAAAACCACAAACACACCAGAAGCCGCCGCCGUUCUUGAAGCAGCCGAAGCUCUACGAACAAGCGAUAUCCCCGUCGGAUUCCCAACAGAAACCGUAUAUGGCCUGGGCGCAGAUGCGACGAGGAGCGCAUCAGUGCAGGGGAUAUACAAAGCCAAAAAACGGCCGUCAGAUAAUCCCUUGAUUGUGCACGUAGACUCAAUUGAGAUGGUUAAUCGAUUAUUGAAUCCGGACGGAAGAAGCUCGAUGACGAAAAUCCCCGCGAUCUACGAACCACUGAUAUCCCGCUUUUGGCCUGGAGCACUUACGAUCCUCCUUCCCAACCCGGAGGGGUCGUUGCUGGCGAAAGAGGUCACCGCAAAUUUACCUACUUUCGGCGUGCGAAUGCCCUCCUCUGCGUUUGCGAGACUUUUGAUUCAUGUCGCCGGCAGACCCCUCGCUGGCCCCUCGGCCAACGCAUCUACAAAGCCCUCCCCGACAACCGCACAACACGUCUACCACGACCUACAAGGCCGAAUUGACAUAAUCCUAGACGGAGGACCAUGCGGCGUCGGUGUUGAGAGUACAGUCGUCGAUGGCCUGUCCGAUCCACCCGCCAUCCUACGGCCAGGUGGUAUUGGGAUAGAAGAAAUAAAAGCCUGCCCGGGCUGGGAGAAUGUGCAGGUUGGAUACCACGAUAGCGCAUUGCAGAGUAAAGAAGCGCCCAGAGCGCCCGGCAUGAAGUACAGACAUUAUUCGCCUAAGGCGCGUGUGGUUUUGUUUGAGGCUGGGUCGGACUUGAGUCAGGUUGCGGGUCGGGUGACGCAGGAACUGGCAAGUAGUCAGUCUGCCAAUGAUUCAUGUGGAAGGAAAAUUGGGAUUGUGAGGACAAAGACUUGGCCUCUCGCGAUUCAGUUAGCUUCAGACGCCAAAGCGUCAGCGCAGACUCAACAGACCUCAUCAGACAACGACGACACCCUCCCCAUCCGCCAGAUAUCAACGCGCAUAAAAGACGUUUCUACUACGAUAUUCGAUGUAAACUUAGGCUCAAGUGCAGAGUCUAUCGCUCGCGGUCUCUUCGCUGCAUUGCGAAGUCUGGAUGCCGAAAAUGUGGACGCAAUCUAUAUUGAAGGAAUUCGUGACGAUGAGGGUGAUCUUUCGGCGGCUGUGAUGAAUAGACUUAGAAAAGCGGCUGAAGUUUUUGUUACUAUAUGA